AUGUCGGCACCAUCGCUCGCAGGAUACAUUGUCAAGAGACCGUGGUUAAAGCGCUGGAUGAUGCCAUUGGCCAAUUGGUACGCAGAUGCUGCGGGAUACAGGAAACUGGGCCUCAGGGCCGAUGAUCUCAUCCCCGAAGAGUCUGAUACAGUCCUACUCGCCUUAAAACGACUGCCCCCCAAGGAAGCAUACGACCGUGUCUUUCGACUUCGACGAGCUUUUCAGUGCUCUCUUGCCCACCAACUUCUGCCCAAGGAUCAGCAAACGAAGCCGGAAGAGGACUACGCAUACCUUUCACCUGUUAUCAAAGAAAUCGAGGCCGAGUCGAGGGAGCGCGAUGACUUGGAAGCCAUGGUUGUUAGCAAGAGGAAGAAGUGA